AUGGCUGCCCCAGGUCACGUCGACGCUGCGAUUGCCGCCCUCGCCCUUGCGGAGUCGGCAUCGUCGAGCUCUGCAGCUGCACCCUCGACCGAGCCCAGGGCUUCGGCGGCGCCGGCUUUGGACGAUCCACCAGCCAAACCUUUACUCUCUCGGCCACACUCACCAGCGGCGAUGCAACCCGCGACAGAGGUGAUCGAGGCUGCUUCGCCUUCCGACGCACGCCGCGCUCGACCCGCGUCGUCGACAAGAACGUCCGGCGAUGCACCUACGACCCCGCUUGCUGCACCGAUGCCCGCAUCCACCAUGGUGCCCAGCUCGCCAUCGGCAUCCUCCUCGUCCACGAAUCGAUUUGGACUGGCGCUUGGCUUCAUGGGGAGACGCCCUCGAGGGUUCACGAACCCCCCAAUGCCCGGCCUAGGCUCGGGUACGCGAUUCCCGGUUGGCGGGGGCGGCCCGGGCUCUCCUUCGAGCGAGCUGCCUUCUUCGCCGGGCGCUUCAGAACGGAUGGGGUAUGGCUUCCCUGCUCUAAGGCGGUCCCUUUCGAAGCGAGCAACUGUGGCCCAAGCGAAUCAAGCUGGCGCUGGAGCCUUGGCCUCGAGCUCGUCCGAAGGUGCCAGAACUCGUGCUCGACGCAGUUCGUCGCAGCCGCAGCUGCCCGCAGCGAUUGAAGCACGGGAUGCCGUGGCGCAAUCCCACGGUCGUAGUCGGCCGCGCACAGCAAUUGAAACCGGCGUUCUUACAACCUCAAGUUCGUUACCGAGCACCGUGCAACCAAUCUCACACGCAGUGGGUUCGACGGUUGCUUCCGCUCCGAUGGCGACUGCCGUAGCGUCGACCCCUGUGCCCGAUAAUGCUGCCCCAACGUAUCGCCUGCGUUUGGUUCCACAUUUGGAAACGUCGCGCUCGUUGCAUUUCGAGGCUGUCGACCGGGAGCUCGCCCCCUUCACUGUCCUCCGCGUUGGUCGCUUUACCGACCGGGCCAAUCACAUCAACACGACAGACCAGUUGCGCAUCACGUUCAAGUCAAAGGUGGUAUCGCGGGGACAUGCCGAGGUUUGGUGUGAUGCGACGGGUAAAUUUUUCAUCAAGGACACCAAAUCGAGCUCGGGUACAUUCCUCAAUCACAUUAGGCUCAGCAGCCCGAACAUGGAAUCUCGACCAUACGGCAUCAAGGACGGAGAUAUUCUCCAGCUUGGUGUGGAUUAUCAGGGUGGUGCGGAGGAGAUCUACAGAUGUGUUAAGAUGAAGGUCGAGCUGAAUCGAGGGUGGCAGAGGGGCGUCAACUCUUUCAAGUGAGCGGUCCUGAUUAAGGACAACCAUCCCGCAGAGGAGCUGCGGCGCACGGCACCGGUACUGACGUCCACGGCUUUGUGACUCUGUAGCACCGCAGCCUUGGCGCAACUUCGUGCUCUCGGCGGGAGUUCUGCACUAACGGACACAUCCGCAACCGCGGCGAAAGCCUCGUCUACUUCCACGCCUCCCAACAUUGCUGCGUCUUCGAGCGUGACGGAUUGCUGCAUCUGUGAGUCCGAUUAUCCUGAAAAGGCGUGCUUAUGAUUACUCAUCUUGUCCAACCCUCGACCAGGUCUCUAUCCUGUCACCGUCUGCCAAGCUCUGUUCAUCGCUCCUUGCUCGCACGUUACGGUGGGUCUCUUCAGAUGACGAAUGGCACGACCCUGCAUAGCGACUUACCUUGACCGUGUUCUGAUGCAGCAUUACAAAUGCAUUCGACCUCUGGUGCUCCAAAAUUAUCCUGGAUUUUCCUGCCCGCUUUGCCGAACGUAUGCCGACCUCGAGGCCGACGUCGAGAUCGAUCCACCUGAGCCGGACAUCGCAGUACCAGGUCUUGCCGACCCGCCACCUGUGGUCGACGAAGCGCCUGAAUGCGACAUCGCUGACCGCUCCCCGCCAAUGAAUCUUCCCAUGCCUGCCCACACUGAGCUAUCCGCUGCUCAAGGCGGACCGAGUGUGACGCCGGAUGCGACCACGGUCCCUUUCGGAGAUGUCGACAUGAUCCCACUCGAGUCCGAUAGCGCCACAUCCGCCCCGAACGCCAUCAUCACCUCGAGAAAUAAAUCGACCACGGAUUCAGAUGCCGUAUCUGUCGGGACGAGGCCGCCGGCCUCGAACAACUCCGAGCCAUUGCCCAUCGAAACCGCCGCGACUAGUGACAAUGACGCCAUUUACGCAAGCUUGAUGAACGCCGCUACGCCGCCAAACUCAACUUUCCUGUCGACUCUGGCCGAGCGUGCGGAUUCGCACUUCCCCCGCUUCCACACUCCCGUCGCUAGCCUGGACAUGGCUUUGCUUACCGCGCCUGAAGCGGGACCAUCUGCCACGGUUCUACAGCAAGGUUCAACCGGCUCUGACACCGAUGCGGCCAACGGGGAUGACGAAGGUCUGAACGUAACGGCAAGGAAAAGGCAAGGAGCCGAAGAAAUUGUUCAGCCGGUUGUCGAAGUCUGA